UUUAACCCCUAUUUCAAAACUCAGAGCUGUCUGAAGAAAAUGUUAAAAGGAAAAACAUUCGUUUUUCUCUGGCUUUACUUUUGCCGUCUGGAUGGAGUGUUUGCUGAUGACCUGAAGUCAGUGAUGGAGGGAGAAUCUGUCACUCUACAGAUUAAUGCUGCUGAAAUACAGAGAAAUGAUGUGAUAAACUGGAGAUUUGGAACUAACGGGCCUCUUAUAGCUAAAACCAGUGGAGACAGUGGAGAGAUCAAUAUGAUCCCUAAUGUUCCUGAUGGGAGAUUCAGAGACAGACUGAAGCUGGACAAGAAGACUGGAUCUCUGACCAUCAUGAACAUCAGACCUGAUCAUGCUGGAGUUUAUGAAGUUGACAUCAGCCGCAGCCCAUCGUCUACAUACAGAUUCACUGUUACUGUCAAUGGAGUGUUUGCUGAUGGACUGAAGUCAGUGAUGGAGGGAGAUUCUGUCACUCUAAAGAUUAAUGCUGCUGAAAUACAGAGAAAUGAUGUGAUAAAGUGGAGAUUUGGAACUAACGGGCCUCUUAUAGCUAAAACUGAUGGAGUGACGAGCGAGGUCUUUUAUGGUCCUAAUAUGAGAUUCAGAGACAGACUGGACCUGGACGAGAAGACUGGAUCUCUGACCAUCAUACACCCCAGAACUGAACAUUAUGGAGUUUAUGAAGUUGAGAUCAGCCGCAGCAUCUCGUUCUCUACACACAGAUUCACUGUUACUGUCUAUGCUCCUAUCCCUGAUCCUGUCACCAGCAGAGAUCCAUUCUCAUCAUCAUCAGGAUUGCCAAAAUGUGAACAUGUUAACAUGACUGAACUGUGCCAGACAUGUGCAGAAGUCCACGCCCCCUGUUGUGAUUCAGUUGAAGCUGUGCUGCGAUUGGUCGUCACUGCGCUGAUGGGCGUGGCUUCUGCGGCUGCUGCUGUUCUGCUGGUCAAUGACAUCAGAGCUGGAAGAGGAUGAUAAAACAAAACAGAGCAGAAACAUUGAAUUUAUCCAGUUACUUAUGUUUUAGAUA